AUGGCUGAUAGCGGCGGGCCUUCAGAGGGACACAGUCCGCGGGGCUCCCCCGGCCAGGCGCCGAGGGUCCCGCGCGCGGUCGGGCCGGGUGGCGGCGGCGGCGGCGGCGGUGGUGGUGGGGAGACUCCGCGCGCGGCCGCGCUAGCUCUGCGCUUCGACAAGCCCAUCAAGCAGGCCUUCUACAACACCGGGGCCGUGCUGUUCGUGUGCCUGUGCUGCGGCGCCGCCGUGCUCGUCUACUUCAUCCUGGAGGCCUUCCUGCGGCCGCUGCUGUGGGCCGUGCUAUGCGGCACCUUCCUGCACCCUUUCAAGAGCUCGCUGACUCGCCUGGGCCGCCACUGGCUGCACCGCCUGCACCGCGCGCACACGCCCAUCGUGCUGGCGGCGCUGCUGCUGCCGCUCUGCUUCGCCGACUACGGCAUCGAGGCCCUGGGCGAGCAGGCGCUGCGCCGCCGCCGCCUCCUGCUGCUGUUGGGCGCCGGCGGCCCGCUCCUCUACGGUCUUUACUGCCUCGGCAGCUACCUGGGCGUGCAGGUGCUGCUGGCCCACGCCGGCGCCCUUAUCUGCCGCGGGCUGGACUACUUCAGCAGCUUGUGGAUCUGGACAUUGGUAGUUGGCUAUGUAUUGACUGUUUCAUUCAAGUGGAAUGCAAGCACUGAACGCUACUUGAGAGCAGUUUCAAUUCCUGUCUGGAUUAUAUUGCUUUUUCAUUUAGCAUCCCUGGCUGGCUCAUGGAGAAUCCCAGUUUUCCUGAUUAUUGUUUUCCUGAUGUCCGUGGGUACCCUCUAUGAAAAACAGAAUGGGAAAGAGUCUUCUGGGGCAGAAUUACCAGGACAAGUGAUCUCCAUGGCAGCUUCUACUCUAGCAAACUUGGCCAUCUCUAUUACUGGGUAUGACUCGAGCAGUGAAGACCAGCCCAUGGCACAGGCUGCAGAAACCAUGGACAGGGGAGAACCCCCUCCAACCUUGCCCCCUUCGUCAGCCUCCACCCCCUCACCCUCUCUGGGCCGACAGAGGCCCGAAAUUGGAACAUUGCUUAGAAAGAAGAGAACUAGUGAUAUCUACUUUGUGUCUCUCGUCUGGGCCAUCAUUGCUGUGCAGAUCUGGUUGAACCUGUGGAUCGUGCAGCUGCUGCCAGUGCCCAUUGCAGUCUGGGUCCUCAAAAAGCUUGUUAUUCACUUUGGAGUUGUGAAUUUCCUGGAGAAACGCUGUCAUGUGUGGUGGCAGGUCAUAGAGCACUUCUUGAAGGAGCGGCAGGAGGCUCUUGCACCGUGGCCAAUUGUUGGGCUGGGAAAAUUCUUGUUAAAAGUUGAUAGCAAGCUCUGGCACUGGUUAAAUAAGAAGAUGAUCAUCUGGUUGGAGAAGAUGCUAGACAAGAUUAUUAGCAUUUUCAUCAUAUUUUUGUUAGUAAUAGGAACUCUUCUUUUAGCCCUGCUUCUUACUGCAAAGGUACAUCAAGAGAGCGUACACAUGAUUGAAGUCACAAGUAGUUUGAUUAAUGAAACUCUAGCAAAUCACCCUGAGUGGGCAAAUUGGCUCCCCGAGGCUCAGGUAGUCCAAAGAGCCCUCAGUUCUGCGGCUAACAAUGUGUAUCAAUAUGGACGAGAAUGGAUAACACACAAGCUUCAUAAAAUUCUGGGAGAUAAGGUGAACAAUACUGCUGUUAUUGAAAAGCAAGUACUAGAGCUUUGGGACAGACUGUAUCACUCUUGGUUUGUAAAGAACGUGACACAGUCUGGAAGGAAUAAAGGACACAAGAUGCAUAUAAGUCGUCAGAAUAGCUGGCUGGGGGACAUUCUGGACUGGCAGGAUAUCGCUUCCUUUGUUCACGAGAACAUUGAGACAUUUCUCUCCAUCUUGGAGUCUCUGUGGAUUGUUAUGAGCCGGAACGUGAGCCUGCUUUUUACCACCAUCACUACGCUCCUGACCAUUCUCUUCUACAGUGGGACUGCCCUUCUCAAUUUUGUGCUCUCUCUGAUAAUUUUCCUGACCACACUGUUUUAUCUAUUAAGUUCCAGUGAUGAGUAUUACAAGCCAGUGAAGUGGGUGAUAAGCCUGACACCACUAUCUCAGCCAGGUCCUUCUUCUAAUAUUAUUGGCCAGUCUGUGGAAGAAGCUAUCAGAGGGGUGUUUGAUGCUUCCCUCAAAAUGGCUGGCUUCUAUGGAUUGUACACCUGGCUGACUCAUACUAUAUUUGGCAUCAAUAUUGUCUUCAUACCAUCAGCUUUGGCAGCGAUCCUUGGAGCAGUGCCAUUUCUGGGGACAUAUUGGGCAGCGAUACCUGCAGUUCUGGACCUGUGGCUUACACAAGGGUUAGGAUGCAAAGCCAUUUUACUGCUGGUUUUUCAUCUCUUGCCAACAUACUUCGUAGACACUGCAAUCUAUUCUGAUAUAUCAGGAGGCGGCCAUCCUUACCUCACAGGCUUGGCAGUGGCUGGUGGAGCCUACUACCUCGGCCUUGAGGGCGCAAUCAUUGGGCCCAUACUUCUCUGCAUACUGGUGGUUGCUUCCAAUAUCUACAGUGCCAUGCUGGUGAGUCCCACGAAUUCAGUGCCCACGCCAAACCAGACCCCGUGGCCUGCCCAGACUCAGCGGACUUUCCGUGACAUUUCUGAAGAUCUGAAAUCUUCAGUGGACUGACAUGGCUUCAAUUGCAACGAAUUCCCUAGGAAGUCCACCCGACAGUGAGUUCAGCUCAGCUGUGGCUUUCUGUCCUUUCAGUGGUGCCUAGCAAGCAGAGCCCGGGAAAGCAGUAGAAGCCUCCUGGCCUUACGUUCAUAAAGACUAGAGAAGAGAGAACAUCCUGUGGGCUUCUUUGCAUUUUAAAACACAGCUUUAGAGCUCAGAAAUGUGGUUUUCUCACUUACACUAAGAUGACUUGAAAAGUUUCAAUUUAUACACUGGUACUGUGGCUUGACAUUUUUCCACUUUGGUUAUCUAUGUUGUUAUUUGUAUUUAUAAAGUUAUUUUAAGAGCUCUAAACUACCUGCUAUUAAAAGCAUAUACAGUGUAAUUUUUUCCAGUUUAAGAAAUUUGUUCUUAAACUUUUCUAUGAUAGUCACUUUUCAAUGAAGAGUCACUUCUAGUAUGUAGCUGUGUGAACAGGAAAAAUGAAUUUUCUACCCUUCUCCCAUCCUGUAUCUUCCCCUCUUUGAGAAAAAAAAUCUUGUUGGGGUUGGAUAGCUUAUUGGAGGUUCAAUUGUAACCAUAGAAGGCACAGAGACUGACGCUCCCUUCCACUCCCUUCUCCCUCCAUCCCCAUUACACCAUUGCCAAAUUCCUAAAACUUCGCUGUCCACAUUGAAGCAGAGUACUUAUUAAGCUGCUAUUAAUGGUAACAUUAUGAAAGAAUUCAUGCUGUGAUUAUAGUUUUUAUUCCUUUCCAAAUGUUUUAAGUGAAAAAUCUCACGUGUAGCCGUACUCUGAUUUGUUAAAUGUAUCCCUGUUUCACUGUUUGGAGUUCUGCCAAUUAGUUACUUAUUAGCAGUAGAAUUUUAUAUCUAUGUUGUGUUUUUCUGUCACAUAGCACAGUGCCUUGCAUAUAAGACACUAAAUGAAUGCUUGUUGAAUUAAUUAUAACUUUUCAAAUAUCUUACCACAGUAACCAGCAUAGUGCUUUACAUUUUACUAAGCCCUUUUGCAUGUUUUGUUCACAAACAACUUCCUAUGAGCUUUCAUAUAGUUUCACCUAAUUUUAAAACAGUUUUACACAAAUGUGGAAGCUAAGGUUCAGAGAAGUUAAAUGAUUAAUUAAAGUCAUCAAGUUUUUAAGACUUGACUCCGGUCUUUUUGACUCCCUAGUUUGCAAACUCUGCUAUAUAGUAGAGCCUUCCUUCUAGUAUCUUAUGCAAUUUUUCCAGUGCUAUGAGAUAGAAUAGCUGUUGCGAUCCAUUUCUUAUGAAUGAAUUUAAGGCUUUUCCAACAGAUAAUGACAGGGCUGGGGCGCAAACCUGGCUUCUAGCGUUGUGUCCUUUCUACAGUAUAAAGCAAUCAUCAGGCCCUUCCUCUGCCCCAAGGGAAUAUGGAGGAAAAGGGGUUCAUAAGUAUCAGAGGCUUCCUUUUGGAAAACAUUUUAAACUAGAAAUAAUUUUUUCUAUAACACCUUCUUACUAAGAAGCACAGUUAAUAAUAAUGAGCUUAAAUAUAUUCUGAUAAUACUUAAGAAAAACACUCCCAUCUGGAAAAUAGCUCUUUUGACUGUUUUUAUAGUAGACUACAUGCAGAGCUUUUAUUAUGAAUCCUUUGACAAUUAUAAUCUGAUAUUCGACCAUGUGUUAGAUUUGGCUGCUAAGUAACUCAUUCUGUUCUUUAGUCAAUGUUCAGUCUUUCAUUCAGUAAAACAUUUGUUGAGCGUUGGCUAGCCUAUAGGCGCCAGGCACUCUGCAGGGUACUGUGGGGGAUAACUCAUGAGAAGGCCUUCUCUGACCUUCAAUCUUAGCCAGAUCAUGUAUAAUGCUAAAUUUUUUUUUUCCUUAAAUGGCAUUGAAAGGGUUAAAAAAAAAAAAAUCAGGUGUCUUUUUGUUAAUUGUAUAAUGAUAAAUUUAUAGCUGUAAUGAGCACAUAUUAAUAAGAGGCAAAUAUUGUGCACGCUGAAUUAGUGUGUACAACAAAACUAUGCUCCUUCAAAGUGCUUUUUAACUGUACAAAGUGAUACUGCAAGAAACGAAACAAGCUCAUGUAUGGCUGUUGCUGGGCACAAUUAUUAGUACAAAUACUGGGUUUUUGGAGGGGAACUCCAAGCCCUAAGAGAACAGUUUUAGAGCUGCCAAAAUUAAGCUGCAUUGAUGGAAUAUCACCCUGAAAUAUUCGGAGCAGAAGUGCCCCAGAGUGCCACAAACUCCUGAUCGGGAAACUUGAGCUGCCCCAGUACUCCAGUGACAGUGCAAGGAACAAGAACAUUGACCAGCUGGGGGAGGUCUCCCCAAGAUCUGUUUCUGAAAAACAACAGGGCGUGGGUUUUUCAGCAGAGUCACCAUGUAAUACAAAUCUUGCUUGAGUUCCAAAAUUCCUGACAUACUCUCAGUUAUGGAGGUGAUCUCUGUCAGAAUGCCUUAAAUGCUAGCCUUAUUUAUUUUUUAAAAUUGCAAAGUUCCUGGUACCCUCUUCCAGGAAAGUUGAUUAGCUGGCAGUGUUCUCCCUUGAUUUCUAAGGCUGAAAAUCCUCCCUUGACAGUGGGAGGAUACCGAGAAGUGUUACGGAGACUGUAUUUCAAAACUCGAUAGCCUUAGGAAAUGGCAGCUGCUUAUUCCAGUUAAAGGACUGCUAAAGGGCUUGCAUAUGAAGUCUUCUCUAACUUUGGUCUUAACAUGAAAACCCUGAGACCCAUCAGGAAUUCAUGUUUCCUCUAGUCCCGCAUGGUUGUAUCAAUGCUUCAGGAUGUGUUAGUGCUGGGCAAGAAAUACUCAAAACUUCAGGCCAUGAGGAGUUAAAGGAAAGUAGUUUGAGGUGAGUUAACUAGAGCUUCCAAACUCAGGCUGUACAGGAAGGUGUUCCCAUACUUUGGUCCUGACCUUGCAGUCCUGGUUAAAGGUCUCCCAAGACCCUUACAAGAAUAUUACAAUGGGACUUAGAGGGCACAUUUCACAGAGGAAAUAGCCUCUGGCAACAUACUUCCAAAUGCUAGCUCCAGUUAACAACUAACUUUUGUUUUUAUCAAUUCCUUGUCUUUACAUAUAUUCCUAUCAAAAUAUAUUCAAUUAUUAACAUAUUGAGGACCUGCAAGGAAUACACAUUAUAUUUGAAAUCACUAAGCAGUUAUUUUUCGGUAGUUCAAAAAUCAGCAAGAGAAUUGUAAUUCAAGAUGAUCCACCUGCCUCCUGGAGUCAGAAUUUCUGAGCUAGAAUUGACCUUCUAUAAUUAGGUGAUCGUGUCAUUUUCUAGAGAAGAAAACAAAUUCAUAGGUUAAAGUAAAGUGAUUUGUCUAACACACAGCCAGUUAGUAACAGAAUUCUAAGUAGAAUGUAGUUCUUUUUCUCUCAGUCCAUUGUUCUGAUUCUCUCCCCUUUUCCUGGUAGAAGAGAAGCAUUUCACAAAUAGUGUUCCUUAUAGCACUAGUUCCAAGGGAUUCUUACAGAUGUUGUAAGAGGAAAAAAGUAUGUGUGGAGGUGGGAUGGGGAGGGGACUCCAUGGUCAAUUAAAAUUCAGUAAUGCUGAGUUUGCUUCCUUUCUGUAGGACUUCUAAGGAUUUUUAACAUGCUGUUACUGUGAAUUUGUUAAAGGGGACAAUGACUGUUUACUAGACUUAUUUGACCUCAGACUUCACCCCCUCCUUCUUUUUUCCAAGCAUCUCAAACCACCACCAGACCUUUGGGACACAUGGCUCUAGAGUAGGUUUACACAGCCCUUUUAGAAGCAUCCCUAAUGGAAAUACUGAAUAGAAAACCUGUUACCAUGGUACCAUGUAAUCUUUAAUAAAUCUCAGAGUUUAGUGAGACAAUAGAGAAGAGCAUAUUUGCAGUUUAGAGCUAUACUUUUACAAUAUAGAGAUUCUUUUCACCUAUGGUAUGUAAAAUCAGUAUUUAUUUAGUAAGUUUUUCAAGGAUCAAUUAAUUUGCAAAUACAGUAGUGGUACAUUGAUAUUACAUUUUUAUAAUGCUUUUGUAUGGCACUUUAUAGUUUUCAGACUGCUCUCAUAACAACCCUGUGAGGCAGUCACGCGUUAAGUAUUACUCUCAUUGUACAGAUGAGGAGGCACUGAAGGCUUUCAAAGGUUUUUUGUGUUUCCCCCAAGUUUAUACCAUAAAAUGAUGGAGCCAGAAUUCAUUUGCAGGACUUCUGACUCCAAGUCCAGAAUUCUUUCUUCCAUAACUGGUAUCUUAUUUUUCUUUUCCCCAACAUUAUAUCUUACAAUGAAAGAUGUGGAAGUAAAUUUUAAAGUAACAUUAUUUUGGUUUAUUACCAAGUACCAUUUCUUUUCUUUUGCCAUGACUCAGAAAGUGUACCUCCUAUUGUAGCUAACCCAAAGAAAACCAUUCUGUUUUCCUUUGCACUGCCACUUGUCUAGGUGACUGGAGUGUAUUUGCAAAUACCAUUUGAUUUUGAAAUCAAGAUGGGAUAUAUAGUUGUAAUUGUUUAUGUAACUUUUGGAAAAUGUAUUGACAGCAUUCUCAGGCAAAGGGGAAAUGGUUUGAAAGUAAAAAGAAUAUUCAAAUGCAACAAUAAAUAUUCUUUAUCUCACACAGAUGCUGUUUCUUAGCUUUAACUUGCGUUGACAACCUACUGAUGUAAAUUCUUUGUAAAUGUAAAAUAUUUAUAUUUUGAAAUAAAAUUACUAGUGUUGAAUGAA